UUCGAUUCUGAUUCUGCUCCUCCAAAUUAAUAUUCAAAUGUGGAAUCCAUACACGACCCAAUACAAUGGAGAGUGAACUUCUUUCAGGAUGAUUUUUCAAGAGUCUAUAAGCUGUUCAUUAAUUGACUUAAAAUUGUUGUGUGCUACCUUGAAUAUUAACUGUUAUAAGAUAUAUUUUCAAAAAUUAUCGUUGAGGUUUUCACUUUCAUAAAAAUCGAUAUUAUUGUUGAUUUCAUUGGCUUGAUAUUGCGAAAUAUUAAUUGACAUUUCAUAUGAAGUAUAUGGUUUCCAAGCGUAGUAGUACUUGGGUGAGUAAAUAGAUUCAAACGCAAUGAGAUUUUACGAAUGUUCGAAGUUCAAUCUUCAGAAAUUUUGAAUGUUAUGUUUGAAGGUAGAUUUAUGAAAAUGGGAAAGAUUUUCAAGAGGAAGGACAUAUAACAAUUUUCACCACAUGAAUUUAGUGUUCGAAUACCUCAGUGGUCGAUGAUUUAAUCAUUGGGGAGACCUGACUUACAUUUGUGGAAAAAUUAUUGCCUUCAAUGAAUGACACAAAUAAUAUUUUAAUUUUUGUUAUCUCUUAGUUUUGCAAUGCAAUUUUUUCCUAACGACUUGGUUUUUUUGAGAUGAUUCUGAUUUCCGAAUGGAAAUUUACUUUGUAUGUUCUUCAAUUGCUAUUCCAGUUGAUACUCUUCAGCACAUUAUCAUGAUCGACAACAUCUUUGGAGUGGAACAGUGGAGGAACGCGCGAACUUAUAUUUCAUUCGUCGAAAUGCUUCUCAAAAUUGUAGAUAUCAGUGAACAUUAUUCUCGACAAUUCUUUGGUGUAGGUACUUCCGAUAUUUCUAGUUAGGUAAGUUGUACUCCUAGACAAACACUUUGUUCCGAAAACAAAUUUUGAACACGGUUGUUAAAAAUUAGGAAGAGGAGUGUCAUCUUUAGACGGGUUAACUGUGCUAUGACGGUGGUCAAUGUUGUCAUUUGACAGUUCAGUCUUAUAUGUCAGAAGUCACGAUGAAAAAGUCAAAAUAAAAUGAAAGAGUAUCUAGCCAACAAAUAUUUGUUUUAACAUUUCAUUUUAGUUAUUAAUUUCAACUGUCUAUGAAAAUCGGUCCUAUAGUUGUGUAAUGGAAUACUUUUUUUAAACAUCGGACUCGGAUUCUCGAAAGGGAUAUGAAUUUAUACCGUUUGUUUGUUUGACGUAUGAUGUGGGAAAUAUGAUAGAAAUUUUACAAAUGUUUUUAUUUUUGUUCAAGUCCAAAUAUCGACGAAAACUUUCUGUUGAAAAUUUUUUAAUUUGUUGUCUUGUGAGUGUUGGUGCUUUGUCUUUGGUGUCGGAUGUUUCGGCAAAAUGCAAUGACACUAUUUGUGGGAGCAAUGGGGUAUGCAGAAAUGAUUCCUGUAUAUGUUAUGAUGGCUGGCAGGGUCCCUAUUGCCAAUUUUGUGGAGGAAAAGUGAGACUAGGCUCCUCAACUGGAACAAUUCAUGAUGGCUUGGGAAACUAUUCUUUAACAAGCAAAUGCAGUUGGCUAAUAGAUGCUCCAAACUCAACAAUAACUCUCCACAUUGAAGAGUUUGCCACAGAAUGUGGAUGGGAUCAUUUGUAUAUGUUUGAUGGUGACAGUGUGGAUUCCCCACUUCUGGCAGUCUUUAGUGGCUUAAUGUAUAAAGACUCUUACAGCAUUAGGAGGAUUCCAGAAGUUAUUGCCCAUUCGGGUUCUGCAUUGAUACAUUUUUUCAGCGAUGAUGCUUACAAUAUGUCAGGAUUUAAUGUAUCAUAUCGCCUUAAUUCUUGCCCAUCUACAGUAUCCAACUUGAAUUGUUCCGGAAAUGGUGUAUGUAUUGAUGGAUCUUGUAUCUGCGAUGGUGGGUGGGGAGGAGCUGCUUGCCAUUUGAGAAAUUGUCCCAAUGAUUGUGGAUCUGCUCAAAGCAGAGGCAUCUGUGAACCUGAAAAAGGUUGCUUAUGUAUUGACAAAUACAAGGGAGAUGAUUGUGGGCAAGUGGCAACAGAUGGGUACUGGGAAACUAUUACUGCACAGAGUUUCACACCUCCUGGAUCAGCGUCACAUGGAGCUGCAGUUUGGAGAGAUUCCAUGUAUGUAAUAGCUGGAGAAAGUUACAACAGAGGUUAUUUAUUAUCCGUUUAUGAUUUCAAUGGAAAUGUUUGGGAAACACCUCAUAUACCAGAAAGUCCUUCGCAGAGAUAUGGCCACUCUGCUGUGUUAUAUGGCGACAAGAUAUUUAUUUAUGGUGGUGUUCUGGGCAAUAGAGGACCUACCUCUGAGCUUUGGGCUUUCGACAUUAGUGCCAAAACAUGGGAAAAUAUAACAGUCAAGGCAGAUUCAUGCAAUGGUAGUUUUCUGAUGUGUGGACCCUUGAAGUCUGUGGGUCACACUGCAACUGUUGUCAUGAAUAAUAUUAACAAAAAAGUUGAUAGGAUGAUAGUAAUAUUUGGUCAUUCUCCUCAUUUGGGAUACUUGAAUACUGUGCAAGAAUAUUACUUUGGAACGAGAGAAUGGCAUAUCAUCAACACCAAGGGUUACCCCGUGAAAGGAGGGUAUGGACAUAGUGCUAGUUGGGAUCCACUCACAGGAAAAAUCUAUGUUUAUGGUGGUGUAGUUUCUGAAAGCGAGUCAUCCCAAUAUUUAAGUAAAAAUUUAUAUUCCUAUGAGCCAAAUGAACGAAUUUGGAUGUUACUGACUGAUGCUCCCUCUGCAAGAUUUCUUCAUACAGCCACUUUUGUAUCUGAAGGUUUGAUGUUGGUUUUUGGAGGAAAUACCCAUAACGAUACUUCUCACAGCUUCGGAGCAAAAUGUUAUAGCUCAGAACUUCUUGCAUAUGAUGUUCUCUGUGACACUUGGAGUGCUCUGAGUGUACCAAAAGAUUUACAUGCAGAUUUAGCUAGAUUUGGACAUUCUGCUGUUGUUUUUGAAGGAUCUUUGUAUAUCUAUGGUGGAUUUGAUGGACAAAUGCUCUCUGAUUUACUUAGGUAUACUCCAGGUGAUUGUCAGUUCACAAGUGAAACUUCAUGUUUGAAUAGCAAGCCUGGCGUUAAAUGUGUUUGGGAUUCUAGAACAAGUUCCUGCAGCCCUGUUCUAGCAAUUCGUAAAGAUUUAGUUUUGAGGAAGGAAGAGACGUAUAUUAUACGAUGUCCAAAAUUGAAUAGGUCUGCGGCUACUUCAGGGAUAAUCCAUAAUACAAAAAAAUGCGAAGAGAUGGAAGACUGCUUGAGUUGUGUUCAGACCACUAGUGAAUGUGUAUGGUGUGGUAAUUCAUGUAACUUGAACAAAAAGUGUUCUAAAGGAAGUGGGAACGGAAAUAGUACUGACAUGAAUCCUAUAACAAAGCUAGCUCAGUGUCCUUUGGAUCCGUCACCAAUAUGUCGACAGCUUCACACUUGCAAGGCAUGUACUUCUCAGCCAUUUUGUCGAUGGAGAUUUGAACAUGCUAAAUGUGUUCCACAUCCUACCCACUCUAACAAUACUGCUGAGGCAGUAGAACCUAUACAGUGUCAAAACGUCUGUUCCGAGUACAACUCAUGCUUGAACUGUACUCAAGAAGAAUGUAUUUGGUGUCAAAAUGAAGGUAGAUGUGUUGACAAAAAUGCUUAUACCUCUAGUUUUCCUUAUGGGCAAUGCAGGGAGUGGACUACUGUGCAUACUAAAUGUCGAACAAGAGGAAGUGACGAAAAUUCUCAGUGUGGGUUUUACAAGACUUGUGCCAAAUGUAGAGAUGAUCCUGCAUGUGGUUGGUGCGAUGAUGGUUCUAGAACUGGAUUGGGAACCUGUAUGCCAGGAGGAUAUGCAGGCCCAACCCUUCAUACUCAGUCUCUCCCGUCUUCUACUUGCCCUCCAGAUCGAUGGCAUUUCACCACAUGUCCUGCAUGUCAGUGUAACGGCCACUCUAGUUGUGUUGAUAAUUCUAGUACAUGCUUGCCAUGUGGUAAUUUGACGAGUGGUUCCCAUUGCGAAAUCUGCAUGAAGGGUUAUUGGGGCAACCCAGUAAAUGGCGGCAAGUGCUCACAAUGUCAGUGUAAUAAACAGGCCGAUGAAUGUCAUAGAGAGACGGGAAAAUGUUUUUGUACAACAAAAGGAAUAAUUGGAGACCAGUGCGAGAAGUGUGAUACUGCAAAUCACUAUCAUUCUGAUCCUAAUAAUAAGUCGUGCUAUUGUAAGUAUUGA